CGCUAUCACUGUACAGUCGGUGAAAUAGGCACGCCACAAAAAUGCACGAUAUCAUUAUCAAAACGAAGACGGAACAAGAUUUCACAGAGGUGGUAUUCCUGUUAAUCGAUUACAUCGUGGAGCUACCACGAAGCCAGCGGUCCCGUGAACGGCUGGGAACGCUGCUCGGUCAAUCCACAACCAGCGAGGAACUCAAACACACGUUGAAACUGUUUGAAACCCUCGUACGUAAGUACUGUCUCGGUGAGCUUGACGAGGUGCGUCUGCGUACACAUUUGAGCCAACUUUCACCGAGCCGGCAAGACCGUGUGCUGGAAAUAGUGAAUCUCCGUCGAUCGGAAAUAGCGCAACGGCUGAUCGACGAGGUAAAUCGUCGCGAGGGAGGUGUGCCGCUGGUAGAAUCGUUCGAUUGGAAUGUUAGCUGGAUAAUGGGUAGCAGUAGCUUGGCAUCGAGCAGAAAACAGCUGUGCACCGUGGCACUCGCUUGCCGGGACGGUGAUUCGAAGCCACAAACGAUCAGCUUCGAAAUGGGCAAAGAUCAAGUGGAGCAGCUGAUAGGCGAACUGGAAACGGCUGUAGCAUGAUGCGAAUUGUAAGUAUGAAAAACAAGACGGUACAGCCUUCGCAGAGUUUUAAAACAAUCUUACUAGGUAGGAAUUUAUCGUGGUGAUGGAAUCCAAUUCAUCGCGCAUUGCCAUUGAACUAAGUUAAGCACUUCUAAUAUUUAAGCAUACUCAAAUUUGCCGAAAAAAAUGAGUAACUCCU